GCUAAAAAAUUUGCGAAACGGUCUACGGCAAGUUUUCUUUCGCGGCGGCCAUGUCACAACGCGCGCUGGGGAAGCAGCCGCGAUCGUAGAUGACGGCAGCAUAAGAGGAGCGGCCUGGGGAGGAGAUGGUCUCCGGCGAUGCUGCCAAAGAGUACGUGGCGGGCUUUGCCGCCGGAAUCGCCAUGGUCAUCACCGGUCAUCCCUUCGACACCGUUAAGGUGAAGUUGCAAGCUCACAACACUAAAACACAAGUAAAGGAGUACAGGAAUGCUUUACACUGUACAAGCCGGAUAAUAAGCACUGAAGGGGUAAAAGGACUGUAUAGAGGCGCAACAUCUUCGUUCAUUGGAAUAGCACUUGAGAGCUCCCUUUUUUUUGGCAUUUACUCCCAAACAAAGCAGCUUUUACAGGGAGAAUCCCAGAUCAGUAAGCCACAACUCCAGGUGAUUAUACCUUCUGGUGCAUUUGUUGGGGCAGUAAUCAGCUUGAUACUUGGUCCUUCGGAACUCGUAAAGUGUAGAAUGCAAGUACAGGGAAAGGAUUCAGCUCUUUCCAGCUACGUCAGAUACAAUAGUCCUCUAGAUUGUGCUAUAAAAACCAUCAAGAAUGAAGGGAUCAAAGGCAUGUUUCGUGGAGGGCUCACAACUUUACUACGUGAAUCAAUCGGAAAUGCGGUCUUCUUCACCACUUAUGAGUCCAGUCGCUAUUACAUGCAUUCUAACCUGAAUCAUCCCCAAGGACAAGCUUCAAAACUCUUACAGGAUGCUGGAAUUGGCAUCAUAACUGGAGGAAUAUCUGGAAUGGCUUUCUGGGCCACCGUUCUGCCAUUGGAUGUUGCAAAAACUGUGAUUCAAACAAAUCCUGAUGCGAAAUCUAGCCGCAAUCCCAUGCUGACAUUGUACUCGAUUUACAGGAGGUUUGGUUUACGAGGAUGUUAUGCUGGUCUUGGACCAACUUUGGCCAGAGCAUUUCCUGCAAAUGCUGCUGCAAUCGUUACCUUAGAACUUAUCGCAAAGAUGCUUGGUGUCAAGCGCGACUGAUCAUGGGGGUAUAUUGUGAGUAAGUUGAUUUAUAGUUCGUUUUAAUCUUUAUCUAAUUUUUUGCAGAAGCUAUCAUUCAAAAUGCUUCUUGCUAAUUAAUGUUUGUUAGAUAUUGCUUUUACCGAUUAUUACAGUUGUAAAUAACCCAUAUUUUGAUCUACAACAAUUAAAUGUUAUUACAUGAA